ACACACAUCUAACAGGAAGGAGUAUCCAGAAUCCUGGAAUUUUGUCUGUCGCUGUGCAACUGUGAUUGCUGCAGAUUUUGUCACCUGCAGCCCAUUAGGUUUAUCUUUUUCGGGGUGGUUCUGGACAGAAAAUGGACACGGAGACGGAUUAGAUAAAGUACAGUGACCUUUCAUCAACUGAGGAAUUCUCUUAGCUCCAGCUCAAGCUUGGUCCACCAAACUAAAACAAUUACCGGCAAUUGUGGUUUUGUGAAUAAACAAAAGCAAGAAAUUGAUUAUCUGGCUGUCACUGUGUCUGGCUUUAUGAGAAAAAACACAGGACGCCAGAAUAAAGCAACUUAAAGUGCAUACAUUGGAAUACAAACCUCUCUCUGGAAUGACCUUUCCUGAGUGAAGUGUUAUUCCUUACAUGCACCUCACAGCAGGAAACCGCCAUAUACACAGUUCCCCUUCACGUCACUGUAGAGUUAUGAACUGCAAGAUAAAGGGCAGAUCCUUUUCUCUGAAAGAAAAAUAAUCUGCGGGCUGGAGAUUGCGAUGCAGACGAAAAGCAUGUUUUGGUGACCAAAAUAGCAGAGGAGGAAGAGCAACGUUUGGGAAAGAAAAAAAAGGAGUAUUAGAGAGAUGCAAAUAGAGAAGACUGGACUGUUUCUCAGCCCUCUUUGCCAGAUUUUCAACAGAGCACAACAAACUUGUGCAAUUUUCAUGGCAGUCGUCCAUGGAACGCAUCCAAGGCACAUUGUAGCUGACCCUCCUGGGAGGUCCUGUUAGAUAGAGAAUAAUACUUCAUGAAGACCAAAGUAAGAGCGCACUUCUUCCAUCAAAUUUCGGCUGACUACAGCACAAGAUUUGGAAGGAUUAUUAAUGAAAGAGGAUCCAUGACCGGAAGCAACAACCUGGAAAGUUGAGCUACUCCUUUCCUUGUCUCUUUUUGUGUGUUUUCUUGUUUUUCCAAACUUAUUCACUGCUUGCCAGUAAGGACUAAACCUCCCAUCUUCCAACUGGAACAAAAGCGUUAUCUUAUCUGGAGGGAAGAUCGAGCCGAUUGGAACGAAGCACUUCUGCUAAGGGCUUUUGUUUCUGCUGCAGCUGCAGCAGAAGUAUUUUACCGUGGGUAGCAAUGGAGAUGGAGAAGGGACAUAUGCCUAUCAGGAGAGGGGUGAGCUGGAGUCCAGGAGGAUUGAGAAAACCUCUCCAGGCAACGCAAAACAUGCACACCACUGGGACAGAGUGCAAUGCAUCAUGGGAGAAGACAGGUCUCAACAAAGAACAGAUGAGCCGGAAAACAAAUCUGACCCGAAGUGCCAGUUUGUCAGAGAAGGAGUUAAAGGAGGCUCGUGUGAGGAGUCAGAUUAUUGCUGCUCAGCUCACCAUCCCUUCAAACUCCAGCUCCAGGGGCGUGCAGCUCUUCAACCGACGCAAGCAGAGGGUCAACGCCUUUACACUUGAAAGCUGUGGAGAGGGUUCAGAGGAGGACAGAGCUGAGAAUGUGAAAACCGACCCCUCAUCUAACAAACUAACAUGGGCAGAGAGGAGCAGUGAAGAAAAGGAUAGAGACCUGAACUUUAAAAAUAGCACUACCAGGCCACUCUUGUCACCACCUGGGAGGGUACAUUCUGUAAGUGAUAUCACUGAGGGUUCAGGUAAGGAUUUUCACAAGGAGGAGCACAUGGAGGACCAUGUUAUCCAAGAGAGACAUUUCCUCCCUGUCAAGGAGGAGCAGGAGGAAGAGGACGAGGCAGGGAAUAAAAUCCACGAGGAGCUUGAGGACAAAGUCAAGGAUGAGAUUCCCCCUGGAAGUAAUAAUGCUGAUCCAGUUCUGAUUGGACACGCUGAAGGGGAAGCAGAGAUAAAUGGAGGCCACACACGGCCAGCUCCCCCUGGAAAGCUUCAUAAUGGCUGCCACAGUACCUCUGGACCUGAGAGGGCGUCUGUACCCACAGCCAAGCAGCCAAGCACUAUCAUCAAUCGAACUGCCAGGCCCUUUUUCUCGCCGCUGACAGUGCAGUCUCCAGAGGCAGUCAGCCCUGUCAUGGAGAUCCCCCCUCCUCCUUCUUACUCCACUCCUCCUCUCCCUGCUUUCACUGCUCCCUUACCUGUGGCAUUCUCACCUCCGCCUCCUCCGUCAUAUCCCACACCUCCUCUACCAGCCUUUACAAACCAGCCCCCACAGGCCUACUACUCCAGUCCACCUCCAAUGUCUUCCGUCAUGUCCCCUUCCUCUCCUCCACCCUCCCAGUUCCCUGUUCCUUCUUUAUCUCAGUACCCACCCAUGCCUCAUUAUGGCCCUCCCACAGCUCCCAAGCCCUCUACAUUUGUUCCUCAGCCUGCUGGAGAAAGGAAGCAAAUGACAUCAAUAAAAACAGGAAUACUUGAGGAGGGCGCUGUUAGAAGGGCAAAUAGGAAGGCAAUGUUCACGUUCAAAGAGAAGCCAGUGGUGGCUCCGAACCCCGAGCUGCUCUCCCUGGUACAGGGGGCGGAUGAAAGGAAGAAAUAUGGACAUAGAUCUGUGCCUGAGCCAGGAUCCGAGGAAGAGUUGCUGGCGUUGGGUGCAGAAGCCUCCAACUUUCUCGCCAAGGAAGAGGACACGGCCGACGAGGCAAGAGCUCCAGAGUGGUCUUCCUGCCUCAAGAGCUCCAGGACUAGACCGAGGGCAGAGCACAGGCCAGAGCAGAACCUCACCGAUGUAUCCGGAAAGGGGGCUGAGCUGUUUGCCAAGCGUCAGUCCAGGAUGGAGAAAUAUGUUGUUGAGAAACAAAAUGCAGGACAAGUUAGGUCUCCUUCUCCCACGAUGUCUCUUCCUCCAUCUUGGGUGUACCCGUCAAACAUGCCCGGCAGGGUCAAGGCUAUUGCUAAAAGCUCUGACAUGAGCGCUCAGCUUUCACAAAACCUAAAGGCCCAACAAGCAGUCAAGCAAAAGCCAAGGAAAAAGGCUCCAACACCAGAGCCAAUUCCAGAGCCACCUCUUUUAGAAAAUGGUUGCUCCAAGAUAGAGAUGGACCUGUCAAGGCACCGGCCUUACCAGAUCAACUCUUCCCUCUUCAUCCUUAACCCAACUAAGGACCCCCUGAGUACCCUACCCAGAGGAGCACCACAGUCCAAGAACAUGAUGUCUGCCACGACUUUCUCGAGACAGUCGUCCUUACCUAAUAACUCUUCUCCCUUCACUACCCAGUGUAUGUCCCCACAGUUGCCUCUCAGUCCCACAAGAGGAGCAGAAUAUCCAUCAAAUCAAGUCUCUGGGCAGCCAAGGAUCAGUUCACCUAUGUCAGCCUUUUCUCCAGAGCGAGUGUCUUCUCCUCGGUCAACAAUCCAGGCACCAAGACCCACGUUUUCUGCCAAGAAGGCAGGGAUUGCGCCACAGAUACAAAAGGACUCCUCCCCAGUUGAAACCCCCAGUGAGACUCCCACGCCAACCAGGACACCCAGCCUCACCAGACGUUUCAGCAGCCCAGAAGGCCCUGCCACUGGAACCUGGUCUCCGAGCCGCCAAACAAAUCACCCCACCAACACCAUCUCUAACCGAUCAAUUACUUCCCCUGUAUCCACUCCCAGGGGUACAAGAUGCCAAUCCCCUAUGGCCAAUCAGAAUAUCCAAUUUUCCACUGUUACCUCCUCUACAACAUCCAGACCCUCCCAAACAUCUACAGUCACCUCGCCUCCUUGGGGUUCAAGAUGUCAGUCCCCACUGCUGAAUCAGAAUACCCAGGCCACCAUCUCCUCCACUUCUGGUUUGAGGCCUUUCCAAACUUCUUCGACUACUUCUCCUAUUUCCCCUCCUUGGGGUUCAAGAUGCCAGUCCCCUUUGGUAAGCCAACAUGCCCAAACUUCUACUGUCACCUCCAUGUACACAUCCAGACCCUCCCAAACCUCCACAAUCACAUCCCCACGUUCUCCUCCUUGGGGAUCGAGAUGUCAGUCCCCCAUGGUGAGUCAAAACACCCAGUCUUCCACGAUUUCCUCUGUUCCUUCAUCCAGACCUUCCCAAACAAUUACUUCUCCUUGGGGUUCAAGAUGCCAGUCCCCAAUGGUAAGCCAGAAUACUUCCACUGUUGUCUCCACACCUAGACCAAAUCAAACAUCUUCAGCCACAUCUCCUGUCUCUCCUCCUUGGGGCUCACGUUCCCAGUCUCCUGCACUCUCUCAGACCAGUUUAUCCUUCCCCGCUACUAAAUCUCUGUACACAUCCUCUGCCAUCUCUCCUGUUACUCCACCCAAAGACAGUCGCUGCAUGUCCCCUAUCACUAAUAAUCCAGACUCUAAAGCCAACCAUCGCCUCCUAGCCAAGAACAUCAUCAACGCAGCCAAACGUAAAAACAGCCCCUCUCCUAAAGCACUGAGUGGUCACAGCCUCCCCAUCUCACCUCUGGGAAAUUCCCACCAUGGUUAUGACUCUCACAAACCACCCAUCAGUCCUUUCCAGUCACGGGCUUUGGGGGCCCAGUCCCCUACUUUCACCAGCCCUCCUCCUACACCCACACAGAGGAUCUGCUCCCCUGUGAGGCUCUACAACACUCGCUCCCUCACAGACUCUGAUGCCUCUGUUGAGUCUGAAGACUCAGGCCUCCGAUCGCCAGGCCUGCACUCCUACAAUACCUGUCCACGUGGCUGGGGUGGUAGCCUGAGGGUGAAGAGAAGCACCGUCUCCACAGACCUGUGAGAGUGUUGAAGUGGAUGGCACACAAACCAUUAUUUCAGUUUUCAUAGACUUUUGUGGCAUUGGAUCAACCAGUAAAAUAGUUUCUAGUGGCAUUUCAGACUAAUAUUAGAUAAGUUACCUUUUUGUACUUUUAAAUAAUGAUCUUGGACAGUAAUAAUUAUUGUAUCAAGGUAGUGUUAGUAUUUUAUAUGACUCACAUUCAUAGUAUUUACUGACAAGAACAAGCUUUUUACAUAAUGCAGUUGCUUGUACGCUUCUUCUCAAACCAAAAAGACUUAAAAUAACCAAAGAUAUUUGAAUUCACUUCAAUGAAUGUUAUAAUUUUUACAGCUUCACAACAAACAUACCUUCACAGCCACUGUUCUAAAUAAGUAAUGUCUAAGUAAAGGAGUAUUGGUUAGUGGUGUUGGUUGGUAGUGUUAAUGAAUUGUCAAUAUGUUUGCUGGUCUGAUGCAAGUCAAAAUGGGAAAAGACUUUUAUUUUGUGGCGUAGAAGGGACACAUGGAAUGAGUAAUGUGUAAAUAUAUAUCUCAUUGGACGAUACAGUACCUUGGUUGAGGAAUGCUCAUUGUACUGUAUUAGUAAAGGAUCAAAUUUAACUAUACGGUGAAUAUUGAUUUAGAUUAUACUGAAUAGAAAUUUGUUUUCCAUUUUUCCAUGACAAAAACACAGUGCUAGGUGGAACACAUGCUAUUUGCAUUAUCAUACACGGUCAAAGUAUUCAUCACAUUUUAUUAUGCAUUUUAAUCAAUGCACAAUAAAUUCUAUGCAUAAUUAUCACAGUGCAAUAAUCACAGUGUAUAUAUGUUGCUUUGUGUACUGCAUUUGCUAAAAUGAAUGUAAGCGUUACAGACAUAUUGACUGAAUGAGAAUGACAGAAAAAAGGGAGUGUUGAGUAUGAAGACUUAUGUGGAGGUUUGAGGUGGCAUUGAUGCACCUGUUUAAUCAAACACUGAUUCCAUGUUUCAGGAAAAACACAUUCCAAAGGUUGCAAGACGUCUAGUGAUUGAUGAUGACCAAUUUAAUGCAUAAAUAUUUGCUGUUAAUGUGCAAAUUUAAUGGCAUAUUGAUUGUAAAUUCAUAUUGGAGAUUGAUGUAUGUAUGGCUAAGUUUUGUUGCUUUUGCUAAACACAAACGGUCAUUUUGUUUUAUAUCAGAAAUGUCUUUCAUGAGUAGCAGAUAAACAUGCAUGUACUUAUUGUGCCUGUUUGGAUGAGGUUUGGAAGAAAAUACGUAUGUGACACAAGUAGGGAAGGUACAACAAAAUGUUGUUAAACUUUCAUGGGCGGGGGAAAAAAAGGUUACGUGAAUGUUGUUUGUUAUGACAGUGUCUGUGACAAAAAGGAUCAGAGAAAUGGAUUGUAUUUUAAAUACGUACCAAACUCUAAUUUACAUGUACAUUCUCUUUAACUUCUAAAGUUUCUUUUUAUACUUGAUUUGCACUUCUGUUCAUUCCAUCUUAAUAGCUACGUUGGCUUUUUUAAAACUUGAUUUACUCAAACAGGUUUAAUUCUCUAUAAAAACCAGCAAAUAAAUAUCCUACUGUACAAAUCAGAACAUUCCUGCACGAAUAAACACAUUGACAUGAUGGUGGCAAUUAUCUGUAAACCUGACUGCUGCCUUUAAACCGCCACUAGCUUUCUGUUUGCAGUGUGGAGUCGUUAAAAGACAUUUUACUCCAUUCCUAUCUUUCCCAGUCCUGUACCACCACACACAACAGAUCAUUCCUUCACUACCUGACAUGCAGGCCAAAACGCAUCAGCACAUUUCUAAAUAUUAACUUCUGUGUGUCUUUUGAGUGACAGGGACACCUGCUACAUGGUGACCUGGUUCCUUCAGCAGGAUUAAACCUAUCACUGUCAUGGAUUGGUUUCAACCUGGGUCUCCUCUGGAUAAACCAAACACUGCUGACACCUUCAAAUACAGAAAAUAAUCAUUGCAAUUCAGAUUUUUUGCAAACAAGAUUUUUCCCCUUCUCAUGUCAUAACUGUAUGAUGUCUGAAAUGAAUGCAAAAUAAAAAAUUAUGACACACCACUUUAAA